AUGCGAUGUCCGCAUGUGUUGCUGCGCGCAAAGCAUUGGCGCUCGCGUUCAUCAUCGUCAGGGUAUUUUGGUCCCGAUGGCGGGGUAGAGUCCGCCCGUGGCCUGGGGCUUGCCAUUGCCCCUGUAGCAGCCAUCAAGGAGCGAUGUCUGUUCAACUGUGAUUCCUUAUUCGGGGCCGGUGGAGCUCACUACACCAACACCAACGCCCGCACCCCCUCCCCUCCCCCCGAACCCCGCCGCAACCGCCUCUCCCUCUCGCCCUUCUCGUGCCCCCGCGCCAACUCCGCUACAUCCUCCAACCCCGCCUCUUCCGCCACCGACCCCGACAACCGCACCCGCCGCCGCGUCUCCGCCCGCCUCCACCUCCGCCGCGGCGUCAGCUCCUCCAACAUCCCCACCGACCUCCCCGCCAUCGACGUAGCCGACGAUGCCGCCGAGGGCGGCCAAACAGAGCGCGAGCGCCAGUGGGAGAAGCGCGCUACGCUGCUCGCGAGGAGCAACGGCGCUAUCAUCCGCAGCGCGAGCGGGAGUCCAGAGAGAGCCGUGGGAAGCCUGCUGGCCACCGCGGGGGUGGGGAUGGGACAGACGCUGGGACAGGAGCUGAGGGAGAGCGUGGGCGUGGUGGGGGAUAAGAAGGCGGAUGAUAAUAUACAGGAGGCUAUUCGGCUGCAUGAGUCGGGGAGCUUGGAGGAGGCGACACGCAUGUUUGGCCGGUUGGCGGAUCCGGGGGGGGAGAAUAAUGCGUUGAGUCAGGUGCUUUAUGGGCUUGCGCUAAGGCACGGAUGGGGCUGCACAGCGGAUCCAGCGCAGGCGAUGCAAUAUCUCACCGCCGCUGCUUCAAACGCCGCCUCCAUCGAAGAGGCCGCUCUGCGCGCCGGCUCCGCCAAAGGAGGCGCCGCGAAGGGCGAGCUAGUACUAGCGAUUUUCGAGCUGGCGAAUUCCUUCAGGCAUGGUUGGGGGGUCAAGAAGGACCCCGUAGCAGCUAAGCAAUAUUACGAAACCGCCGCGAAUCUAGGGGACACAGACGCGAUGAACGAGGCAGGGUGGUGCUAUCUGGAGGGGUUCGGGUGUAAGAAAGAUAAGAUGGAGUCAGCAAAGUACUACCGUCUCGCCGAGAAAGGCGGUAAUAAACUCAUUGGGAAUGGAUGGAUCUGGAAACCCAAAUACGACCCCCCCUCCACCACCCCCUCCUAACGCGCGCUUACUGGCCUCUCCUCCACCCCGCGUACCCCUCCUCUCUGUAUGGAUGGAUGGAUACCACGAACGGGACGGUAUGUUGAUGCGGGGUCUGGUCGUGGGCGUGGGUGGGUUCAUGCAUACACAACCUACCGCAGUAUGCGUACCUCCUCACAAUUGACGGUUGGUUGGCUCCACGACGUCGUAGUUACAGUCCGCGCGCGCGGUAGGGGUCGGAGGAGCGUAGGUUGGGUACCGACAUGCACCUCCGCAGCCUGAGCCGGGCUACUGGGUUAGGCUGCGCUGAACUGCUUCUUCUACUUCUACUGCUGAUGGGAUUGGAGUAGUCGCUGGAUAUGUGCCGUUUUGAAAACAUAGGAUAGGAUAGGUUGGAUAGGCCGGAUAACGCAGUGCAAUGAAUCGUACAUUACAUAGUCUAGGAUAGGUUGGAUGGGAUAGGAGGCAAUAGAUAGACAAGCUCGCACGCAAGGCGGUGUAAUUUUAUUCACGGGACUCGGAUGUUCGGUUUUUUUGUCGUAA